AUUGCACCCUCCGGUAUUUCCUCCACAUUCUUCAGGCAUCGCCGCAGAUUACGCGAAUACCAUGAGUCGAAGUGGCCCAUUCAUUGUGGCAGUUCGUGAAGAUUUUCAUGCCGCCACACGCGCUUCCAAUCUAGAGCUCAUCUACACAAUAUGGGCGAACACUGGACUAUCCCUCGAGAACUUCCGACAAAAGGAAUAUACAGCGUUCCUCGCCUAUCUGAGCCAGGAGUCCUCUUAUAUGGAGCAGAAUCAACGACAGUUCGCGACUGAUAGUGUAAAUGGGGCUAUUGCUUUAGUUCCAUUGCUCAGAAACAACGUCAGCGCACCGCGGCACGAAGUUUUAGCCAUUUGCCAAGAACGAUUUCCAGGGGUGGAUGAAUCCAUCUUGACUCGGACCAUUGAGCUUGCGGCUCGGAUUUGGUUGACGACCAGAGUGGCACUUGUCGAUAGUAUCAUGGCGGUCGUGAAGACUAAUUAUCGAAUGCUCGAAUGGCCAGCAGAAAUCUCACUUAGAGAAGCGGUGCAAUCACAAUUCACUUUCGAAGAUCCGGCUGAUAAAAUGGACAUUCUGUUUGGUCCAGACCUGGAUCCGAGCCUCACUGCAUCCGCCCUUGUUGAAAUUUGCGGUGUAAAACUGUCAUGGACUUCCAAUCUGAUGGACCACCUGCAGCUCGACAAACGCCAUCGCGUCUUGACCGUUUAUGAACAUAAGAUCUGUCUGCUUAAUCAUACCAAAGGAAUCGACUCACCUUACCCAGUUGACCUCUUGCAUGAGACCAUAGAUACACUCAACCUGCUUUUUCCAUUUGGUCACGGCCCGACCAAGGAUUUACUCCGAAAGGAGAACAAACUAUCAUUGUACGGCUUGGGAACCUGCAAUCGGGAGCGCCGUCUGAAAGUCGCAGACUACCGCGUUUGGCGGACACAGAUCACGGGUUUGAUCGAAGUGUUCAACGAGCCGCCUCGUAAUUGGUGGCAGUUGCUCAGCGAUCGAAGGGAUCUGAGAGGAUGGGCAACGUUCUGGCUCGGUCCGAUGGUGCUACUUCUGACGAUUGUAAGCAUCGUAACCGGGACUGUCAGCUCAGUGUAUGCGGUCAAGCAGUACAAUCUCGCUCGCGCACAAGCUUGCGCCGCGUGUGCGAUGUGAGACAACCCAAGAGCUCAAACUACAGAUUCUCAGAUCGGCACCAUCGUCAGCUUAGAAGCGCCUGGAAUUCGCUUAUCAGGCACUCAUGGGUGUUGCUGGAAUCUUGAGAAGAGAUUUGAACUUCACUGUGGGGUGAGGACGGAGGAAGAGGAGGUUGCAGUUGAUGUGGAGCAGGUGCAAAUGACUAAGCAACGUCCAUCACAGGAACGGCGUCCUUCCCAAUGGCAUUUUCCACGUACAGUUGCGCAUAAAACAUUCUCUGAUGAGUUAUUCGAAGUUUUGUUGUACUGUGAUUACAUUUCCACGGCGUUUAGAUAUCCC